AUGACGGUUAGUUAGUUAGUUAGUUAGUUAGUUAAUUCCUACACGGUUUCAGCCGCGAUUACUCCGCAGCUAUGCCCGGCAGAGAGGACCUGUCAAACAGCCGACGCGUUCCGGAUCAUUUGAUUGAUCCGUCCCGCCCCACGUCGCCCUAUCGCGAACGACAAGACCAGCUGUCCCAGCAUCCUCCCGUUGCUUCUCCAACUACUAUUUACAUUGGCCUGUCACGCCUGUGUAACAUAGCAGUUCUACUAAUUGUACUGCUGAUCUAGGCUCCUUAAGGCUCUCGCCUUGUGUUCCCAACCCGUAUACCUAGAGUCUCCCCCCAGUGCUCGACUUCGCCUACGCGUCCCUGACCCGGAAUUGCCCAAGGGUCUCCGUCCGUUCUAUA